GAGCCCCCCAGGAGUAAGGAGGGAGGAAGCGCCCCCCCGCCCUGCCUAGGGAGAGACCCCCAGUAUGGGGAGGGGGGCCCCUCAGCUCCGCCGGCCUGGAUGCGGGGGGGGGCGAGAAGACUUCAAGGGGAGCCCCUCGCCCCACUCCCUUGCCGAGAAACCACCUUCGCUACUGCGCAGGCGCCAUGUGGCUCACGGUUGGAAGGAAGCAGGACGCCGAUUGGUCGCUCUGGGGAGGGCAGCGAUUGGCAGGAGGACUCCUCGGGACGCUCCAUUCAAAAGAAAGAGGAAGAGCUACCGGUGACAGGCAAAGGGCUCGCAGCGAAGUCCCGCCUCCACUUCCGGAAACGAAUGGAACGUAGCCGCCCAAUUGAUUCGGGCGCGGGCUGGCUCGCAAUCCAGGAGGACGGGCGAGCCCGCCGGCGGAAGGAAGGAGGCGCCGCCCGAGAGGAGAGGAGGCCCCGCGGAGCAGCCCCGGGAGGAGACGGCAGGGAUGAGCCGAAGGGGACGCCGCCAAAGGAGGCUGCCUGGAGGGAGAAGCGGGGAGCAGGAAACGGGCGGAGACCCCGAGACGGGCCUGGAGGGCGGAGGGUCCUUCGGGACAGGCGGAAGACUCGGGAAUCCCCAAAGAUUCCAGGAGGGAGAAGAGAAAUAUGAAUGCGCAGAAUGUGGAAAAUCGUUCAAAACAAAUACAGCUCUUGUAAACCAUCUACGAAUCCACACAGGAGAAAAACCAUUUAACUGCCUGGAAUGUGGAAAGAACUUCAUUCACAGGAGCAGCCUUUAUAUACAUCAGAAAAUCCACUCGGGAGAAAAACCACAUACAUGCCUGGAAUGUGGAAAGAGCUUCUGUCAGAGGGGACACCUUUAUAUACAUCAAAGGAUCCACUCAGGAGAGAAACCGCAUAAAUGCCUGGAGUGUGGAAAGAGCUUCAGUCAGAGGGGACAUCUUUAUACACAUCAAAGGAUCCACUCAAGAGAGAAACAGAAUAAAUGCCUGGAGUGUGGAAAGAGCUUCAGACACAGGAGCAACCUUUAUAUACAUCAAAGGAUCCACUCAGGAGAAAAACCACAUAAAUGCCUGGAGUGUGGAAAGAGCUUCAGUCAGAGGGGAAGCCUUUAUAAACAUCAAAGGAUCCACACAGGAGAGAAACCUUAUAAAUGCCUGGAGUGUGGAAAGAGUUUCAGUCACAGGAGCAAUCUUUAUACACAUCAAAAGAUCCACUCAGGAGAAAAACCACAUAAAUGCCUGGAGUGUGGAAAGAGCUUCAGUCUGAGCAGAACCCUUUAUAAACAUCAAAGGAUCCACACAGGAGAAAAACCUUAUAAAUGCCUGGAGUGUGGAAAGAGCUUCAGUCAGAGGGGAAGCCUUUAUGUACAUCAAAGGAUCCACACAGGAGAAAAACCUUAUAAAUGCCUGGAGUGUGGAAAGAGUUUCAAUCACAGGAGCAGCCUUUAUAAACAUCAAAGGAUCCACACAGGAGAAAAACCGCAUAAAUGUCUGGAGUGUGGAAAGAGCUUCAGACAGAGGAGCAACCUUUAUAUACAUCAAAAAAUCCACUCAGGAGAAAAACCACAUAAAUGCCUGGAAUGUGGAAAGAGCUUCAGUCAGAGGGGAUACCUUUAUAAACAUCAAAGGAUCCACACAGGAGAGAAACCUUAUAAAUGCCUGGAGUGUGGAAAGAGUUUCAGUCACAGGAGCAACCUUUAUACACAUCAAAAGAUCCACUCAGGAGAAAAACCACAUAAAUGCCUGGAGUGUGGAAAGAACUUCAGUCUGAGCAGAACCCUUUAUAAACAUCAAAGGAUCCACACAGGAGAAAAACCUUAUAAAUGCCUGGAGUGUGGAAAGAGUUUCAGUCAGAGGGGAAACCUUUAUGUACAUCAAAGGAUCCACACAGGAGAAAAACCGCAUAAAUGUCUGGAAUGUGGAAAGAGCUUCAGUCAGAGGGGACACCUUUAUUCACAUCAAAGAAUCCACACAGCGGAGAAACCCUAUAAAUGCCAAUUUAGCUUGGAACCAUUGGAGUUACCUUUUUUAAAAAAAUAACAGCUGCUAGCCAGCUCAAGCAUCUUCAGCUAGCAAAAGCAAAAACCGGAGCUGGCUCAGCACUUGUUUGGCUAUGUGGCCAUGGACCAAAAAAAAAAACCCCAAACCCUGCCAACUUCUUGUAGCCCCAAACAGCCAAGGAAAGUCAGAGAUAAAAAUGGCCGCCACGGCGUUAGUGAUUGAAACCAAGUCACAUGGCUAGACAGACCUUUUUGGUCGCAGUUCUGAAUUUCUAAUGUAGGUACCCUUCCUGAAUUAAUUUAAUUGUUUUUGUGAAAAGUGGCUCAAUGAACUCUCGUAUCUGGGGGACUACCUGUAAAUGCCUCCAGUGUGGAAAGAGCUUUACUGAAAGUCAAGGUCUCCGUAAAUAUCAAAGUAUUCACAGAGGAGAAAAAGCAUAUAAAUGUCGGGAGUGUGGAAGUAGCUGUAGUCAGAGGGGAAAUCUUUACAGACAUCAAAGACUCCAUUCAGGAGAGAAACCAUAUAAAUGCGUAGAAAGAGUUUCCGUGGGAAGGGAAGUCUUUAUCGGCAUCAAUCCACUCUGGAGAAAAACAAUACAAAUACCUUGAGUGUGGAAAGACUUUUAUUGUUUGUGGACACCUCUAUCGACAUCAAAGAAUUCACAUGGGGAAAAAAUGCUAAAUAUGCCCGAGUGGAAAAACCUUCAGUCACAACGGUGCCACUGAAAUAACAAUAGCAUUUAGGCUUAUAUGCCGCCCCAUAUGCUUUACAGCGCACUCUGGGAGAUUUAUAAGGUAAACAUUAUUUGCAUAUUGCCGCCAACAAUCUGGGUCCUCCUUUUACCAUCCUCAGAAGGAUGGAUGGCUGAGUCAAGGCUUGAGCGCUCUCAGAAUCAAACUCCAGGCUGUGGACAGUCUGCCUGCAAUACUGCACUACUUGAAUGUUUAUCACAGACCUAAGUACAGCUCAGUAAGACAGGUGUGAACUCUUACCCUCCAUUGCCAUCUCAACCUUUGUCAACAUGAGUGAACACUAUAUUCUCAGGAGUGAGUAAACUUAUGCACAGCACCAUUUAUUGCACCCUUUAUUGCUAUACUCUGUUUAAUGAUUGUGCUCGUCUGUGAUGCCAAAUAGUGGAAUUUGAUUAAAUUUUACACACUUUU